AUGACGGCGGUCAAACGACUCACAAAGCAGAAUCAUGAUUUGGAGGAACAGCUACGUCAAAGGGAUGCAGGACCUAACCCUCAGGAACAAAACCAGGAAGGUGACAGUGCCCAACGAAGGGAGCGGGAGAAUCUAGAGGACAGCAACAUCCCAAGCCAACAGGAGCGGCAAAACGAGAGCCUUCCAUCUCUCACGGAUCCUGCCCCCCCACCUAUCAUCGCGGAGAUGCAGGCGAUGAAGGAGCAGAAGGAGGUCAUGAUGAACGCCCUCAAGGGGCGGGUAUCCUCCGACCUCGACGAUUUAGUGAACAGGACCGACUCACCAUUCACUGCGUCUGUCAACUCAUCCCCCCUGCCACCGAAGUUCCGAAUGCCUCAGAUCGAAAGUUACGACGGGGUCAAGGACCCCCUCGAUCAUCUAGAGACCUUCAAGACCCUGAUGCACCUACAGGGGGUACCUGACGAGAUUAUGUGCAGGGCGUUCCCGACCACGCUGAAGGGACCUGCGAGGGUUUGGUUCAGUAGACUGACACCGAACUCCAUCAAUACUUUCAAGGAGUUGAGCGCCCAGUUCACCUCCCACUUCAUUGGCAGACAUCGGUACAAGAGGUCCACCGCGUGCUUGAUGAGCAUCAAGCAGCGAGAAGACGAGACGUUGCGAGCCUACAUAACCCAUUUCAACAAAGAAGCCCUUUCGAUCGACGAAGCGGACGAUAAGAUACUCGUAGCUGCGUUUACAAGUGGGCUGCGAAAAGGGAAGUUCUUGUUUUCCUUAUACAAGAACGACCCGAAGACCAUGGCGGAUGUUCUCUAUAGGGCUACCAAGUAUAUGAAUGCGGAAGAUGCAUUGUUGGCCCGCGAAGAGAAACCUAAGAAGAGGGAGAGGCAGGAGGAUAUGCGACAAGAUAGGGGGCGAAAGGUCGCUAGAACCGGGGAUCAGCGUGAUGAAAGGCGCUUCAGACCCUCCACAAGAAGAUUCACCAAUUUCACCCCAUUAACCGCCCCAAUCGACCAAGGAAAGUUACAAAGGUUCGUCAGCAGGGAAAAGACUGACAAACCGGAAGAACAGACCCCACGACGGGAGAACGAGCGCCCCAGACCACCAAUAGGGGACAUUCGGCUGAUAAUAGGGGGUACAGUUGCAGCCGGGUCUUCCAAAAAAGCCCGCAAAACCUACCUUAGGACAGUCCAUAGCGUCCAACUCAUAGGAUCCGUACCGAAGAUGCAGCGAAUAGGUAACCCCGUCAUACACUUUUCAGAGGAUGAUGCUCGGAGACUUCACCAUCCUCAUGACGAUGCGCUGGUGGUCAGCCUACAGAUUGGGGAUUAUAAUAUGCACCGGGUACUCGUCGACAACGGCAGCUCAACGGACAUCCUGUACUAUCCAGCAUUCCAACAGAUGAGAAUUGAUAGGGAACAAUUGUCCCCAACGAACGCCCCACUCGUAGGGUUUGGGGGCGCAAAGAUAUUCCCUUUGGGCGCAAUAACUCUAACGGUGACAGCAAGUGACUAUCCUCAGCAAAUCACCAAGGAAGUAACAUUUCUCGUAAUCGACUGCUCGUUCGCCUACAAUGCCAUCCUUGGCCGACCAACUCUCAAAUCUUGGAAGGUGGUAACUUCAACGUACCACCUAAUGAUUAAAUUCUCGACGGAGUACGGGAUAGGAGAGUUGCGGGGAAAUCAAGUCACCGCCCGAAAGUGCUAUAUUGCCAUGAUAGAAAUGGAGGAUCAACAGCAGACGAUGUGUAUCGGGAAAUAG